AUGACUACACCGCAGAAAUUUUCCCUCUUUAUCAUUGCUAGGCUCUUGGUAACAUCAACUCUCAAUUUGGAUUUCCCAGGCGGACAAACUGAUGAUCGGGCUUUCAUACGAGGGGAGCUCACCACAGAGAACAUUUGCCUCUUACUGGAAUACUUCGCUCACAGAGACAGUCAUGGCUUCUACACCAAUGAAGGCAGCCUCCAUGAAAUCAAUGAUGAUGACCUUGGAGGGGUCAUGAUAGCAACACUGGCAGAUGACCAGCAAAUUAUCAGUGGAUCUUGGGCCAAGACCACUCGGCAAUGGGAUUUGAAGGCAGAUAAGAAAAUUGAGGACACAUGGGGUGUUUGUGGAGAGGAUAUGUGA